AUGGCUAACAGAUCCCUCUCACCGCGGAGGACCCCUCGAGAUGACCGGCUGCAUACCAGGUCAAAACGUCCGGGAUCGGAUACCAGUUUCGUGUCCCCGGGCAUGCCUUCUAUCAACCCGCUAUCUGGGAAGCGUAACGAGAAAGAAUCGAUGCACGGCUUGAAUGACCGUCUUGCGGGAUUCAUAGAGAAGGUGCACCAUCUAGAGUACCAGAAUAAUCAGCUGGAGAGAGAGAUCGGGGAGAUCAGAGGGAAAGCCAAACCGGCAUCUGGGUUUGAAGAUGAGUACGGACCAGAGCUCAGGAAACUGAGACAGCUGGUUCAGGACAUCACUCAUCAGAAGAAUCAGAUUGAAAUCGAGCAUCAGAAUUUGGAGGAAGAAGUGUCCAACUUGAGAGGACAACAUGAAGAAGAAGCGCGUGGAAGAUCGGACGCAGAGAGCAACAUUAUUGUCCUCAAGAGGGACAUCAACGACGCGUAUCAGGCUAAACUCCAGAUGGACAAGAAAGCACAGAAUCUGGUGGAUGAGAUCAACUUCCUGAAGAGUAACCACGAGGCCGAGGUGUCCGAGAUGAUUGACCAAAUCCAGAAUGCGCAAGUGGCCGUCAGGGAGCAUGAAUUUGGCAACCCCGGCGUCACUGCGGCACUCCGUGACAUCAGGGCACAACUGGAAGGUCAGACCGUGUCCGACGUCCAGCAGAUGGGAGAAACUUUCCAAUCUCAGUUUGCAAAAUUAACGGAGGCAGCCGAGAGCAAGAGAGAGGCGUUAAAAGCGACCCAGCAAGAGAUCCAGGAGUACCGGAGGCGACUGCAGGCCAAGAACGUCGAACUGGACUGCGCUCAAGGCACCAGGGAAGCGCUGGAGAAGCAACUCCAUGACGUCGAGGAUCGCCACAAGGAGGAAAUGAUUCAUUAUCAGAACACAAUCAAAGAACUUGAAAAUGAGCUCAUCAAUUGCAAGUUUGACAUGUCUGGUUACCUGCGGGAAUAUCAUGACCUGUUCAAUGUGAAGAUGGCUUUGGAUGUGGAGAUACUGUCUUACAGGAAACUUCUCUGUGGCGAGGAGGCUCGGCUGUCCGCCAUGUCAGACACCCACAUGUCCCUCCCCUACAUCUACCACCAGUCCCCCGUUUACACCCUGCCAUGCCUCAGCCGACCGGGAGGCCCGCACAGACGAGCUGAGCCCCAGUACAAGUUCGUGGAGGAGAUCAUAACGGAGACCACCAGGGAAAUUGAGAUGUCCGAAUUUGAGGAGACAGGUUCGGAGGAGACGGAGGCGGACAAAGAUGAGCAGGGGUGUACCAAAAGAGACAGAGCGGAGAGUGAGGAAGAGAAGGAUAAUAAAGACAGUCGAGAGGGAGAUGGUGAGCAGAUGCCUGAUAGUGAGCAGAAUCAAGUAGAAUCAGUAGUGAAUUUAGUGAACGGAGAGGAUGAUGACGGGACUCCUGUUCAGGUGGAUGAUGGUGAAAAAGGUCAAACAAGUAAAAAAGAGUCAGACGAGACUGAGGCAGUUGACAUAGAUAUAAAUACUCAAAAUGAAGUUUUAUUUAGUGCGAGCCUUGAUGAGGAAGAAAAUGAGCAACAUCAAAAAGUAGCUGAAAACACAAAAGGAGAGAGAGAAGCUGCAGUGACUAUGGUAAAAGCUGAGAAAGAUCUCACUUCCAGCCCAGAUGAUUUAAAGCCAGAGGUCUCUGGGGAGGAGGAACUUCUGAGAAAAACUGAUGAUGGUGAAAAAGGAGAUGCUGAGGAAGAGAGUUUUAUCUCAGCUCAAGUACAAAUGCCUGUUGACAAGACCCCGGCCCUAGUGUUUAAAGAAUCAGACACAACUCGAGAGCAAGGAAGUAUUCAAGUCCAAGAGAAGGUUCCUGCUUCAGAAAGAGCUGAGAAAAUGACAGAUUUUAAGGCAGAGUCAAAGAGCACUGUGUCUGUGAAGACAGAGCAGCUUUCAGAAAACGGUCAAGUUUCUUCAAGUACAACAUCCAAGAGUGAGGAAAAGGAAAACAGUCAUGCAGAUCCAAAAGAAAUCGGUAAAUCUGUAGCAGCAAAAAGUGAGGAUAAAGUAGCAAAAGACAUUCAAGAUGCUAGAAAUGGUAGCAAUACAAAUCAAGACAAAGAGUCUUCUCUGAAAUCUGAUGUGAAAAGUCUUCCUGAAGUAGAGGAUCAGAAGCCAAACAGUGGGCAUGAAACCCAAAUGGUCCAAACUGCGUUGCCAAGGGAAAAGACAACUGUCAGUUCAGAAAUCAAAGAGUUGCAUCAGGGGGCUCAGAUAGGAAGCCAGGCUCAGAAAUCAAAGCAGUCUGAAGGUUCAGAGAAAAUAAAGGAUGAUCAAGGUACCACUGAGAAGGUGGAGAGUAAUAAGUCAGAGAAAUAA